AUGAAAGAAAUGGACAAGUCUUGCACAGACUUGGUGAAGAACAUCUUGUUCGACUCUUCGAGGAACUAUUCAUGCUACGGUCAGUUUAUCGAACUCGAAAUACGCAAACACUAUCAAACAAAGUACGAUGCACCUGUGCCAUUGAUCGGCCUCUAUGUUGCAGCAGCAUCUCUAAUUUGCACCCUUGCAAUGGCUGCAGAUGUCAUCCACGGUUUCCGCCGCAAAAAGCUUUGGUUCCCAAGCAAAUUCUUCACUGUCAAUGCUGCUUCCCUCACAAUAUUAGCCGUGGCAAUGAAGCUGCCUGUGGAUCUUACAUCUGCAAUGGAUGGAUAUAUAGACCAGCUUGCAAAGUUAACCAGCAAUGUUUUCAUGACUACUGUAAUUGGUAAUUUUCUAUCGUCGUUCGCAUCCAUGGAUGACAACGCCAUUUUCAUGAACAUCACUGUCUUGGGUAUUCUUGUGAUCACCAUCAUUGUAAAUAUCAUUAUCCAAAUGUUUACAACUGACAUUCAUUUCAAUACACCGAAAACAUUUCUUACUCAUAAUGAUGAGAUUUUGGGUAUGGGCCCCGUAAUCAAAUAG